GAAGCUGUGCUGCGCUGUGCGGCCAGCAGUGGCACUCGAAAGGAUCUCGUUGCGAGGUGCCAGCUCUGACGCGCAUCUCCUACACAUCGACGAUGCGGGGAGAUGCUAACAAGGCCUCGCAGCAGAUCGAGGACAUCGUGGCCAAGUCCGUGAAGAGCAACCUGUCUUGCCAAGUCUCCGGCCACAUGUGUUAUGACGCGAAGUUGAAGCACGUGUGGCAGGUGUUGGAGGGAAGCCCAGAGGUGGUCGAGCGGCUGUGGACGUCUAUCUGCCAGGAUCAAAGGCAUGUGGUGGACGAGGACACCGUGACGGUGGAGAAAGUGGACUCUCGGAACUUCCCUGUUGGCUGGGGCAUGCGCUGUUCGAGCUUCGGCCAAGGAUCCUCGUCUUGCGAAGACUGUGCGAAGAGCCAGCUCAUGCAGCUGAUGUACAAGUCGGUCAUCAACGAUGCCCAAGACAGCGCCAAAGGCAUCGUGGAUCAGGUCGUUCCACGAGCAAUGGUCAAGAACUCCCAGAACGGCAUCACCGGCUGGAUGCUUUACAAUGACAGGACCUCCGUUGUCUACCAGGUUCUGGAAGGAUCGCCGGAAUCCAUCGAAAGGCUGUGGGAGCGCAUCAGCAAUGACCCGCGGCACACCGUGGUCCAUGACAGCGUUCGGCGACGGGCCAUCCCUCAGCGCGAGUUCGCCAACUGGUCCAUGGCCAUGAACGAAGUGGAGCGCACGGCCUGGAUGGAGCAGGCCUACUGA